AUGUCAGAACAACCCAAACACCCAGUCCCCAUCGUUGUCGAUGAAAUUACAAAAGCCCCCGGAAACAGUCUUUUUGAACUUCGGUCUUUUAUGAGACCAGGCCCAAACCUGGUUCUCAAGAGCGCGCAAUGGUUGAACCGCAAUCGCAAAGACUGGAACGAAGGAACAGCAGCGUCGCAAUCUAGCAAAGUAUACCAAAAACUUGAAAAGAAGGUGGACUCUUUGGUAGAUGAUGUGUCAAAGUUCGUGGCUAGCGGCACAGAGCUAAACAACAGCGUCAAACAGAUGGCUGAAAUGUACGAGCAAAACCUUGAGGCGACAACCCGUGAUGCGCAGGAUAUCAGCCAGAGCAUCGGAAAGCUGUCGAAGAAUGGAACGAAAGCAUUUGAAGCGGUGACUUCCAAUGCUGACGCGGCGACUGCGAGUGCUUGCGCAGUGCAAGACGCCGCCGCGGCAACAAAAGAAGCGAUGGAUACUUUGAACCAGAGCCUCAGGAACGUACAUGUGGUGGCAAACUAG